AAUUCAGAGUGGUAAUAUUCUAUCAUGGAGAAUAUCAUGCGGUCCAUGCAAGAGUGUAACGCUAUUCGUUAUCCAUCAUAUAGAACUGCUGCAAAAAUGCAGAUAUUACAUAGAGAAUUGAAUAUGACACACGUACAGCUGGAAUUAAUAGCAGGAGUAUUUGAACGUCAUAGACUCUCCAUCACUGAAAAUUGUGUCAACUUAGACCCGAGUGAAAUUGAGGAUGUUCUAUCUGACAUCUAUUUCGCAGCACAGAAAGAAAGUAAUUUCAAUUUUGACGUUGACCUUGUGACCAAGCUUGCCACAAAUUAUAUCCUUAAUAUUUUUGACAAACAAAAUACUGGAAAUAUUUUAGUAUUUUCAGUAAAAGUUGCAUUAGUAUUGCUGUGCAAUGGUAAAUUACAAGAGAAAUAUGGAUAUUUAUAUCAACAAUUAGCUGAUCACAAUGCAUGUUUGUCUCGAGCUGGUUUGCAUACUUUAUUAACAAAUAUCUGUAAAAUAACAGAAAUGCUAGGAGAAAAUAUAGCAUAUGGAUAUGAACAGAUUCAGUCACAUAUAGAUGCCUGUUUUAUAAAGUCUCAGGGUGGUCUUGGGAUUACUGAAGUAGAAUUUGCUGCAUGGAUUAUUCAGGAACCUCCAUUAUUAGUCUGGAUAACAACAUUCAAUCGAAUAAAAUCUGCAGAACAUAUUGUACAUAAUAUCAGAUGUUCCUCGUGUAAAGUAACACCAGUACAGGGACCAAGAUAUACGUGUUUAAAAUGCACAGGAUAUCAUCAAUGCCAGGACUGUUUUUUCUUAGGAAAGACAUCGAACAAACAUAAAUUGAAACAUCCAAUUCGUGAGUUUUGUGUAAAGACUUCACAUCGUGAAAUUACAAAACUGAUCCUUGAACUGAUUAGAAAUAAACUGAGAUUGUGUCCUACCAGAACAGCGGUAGAGGACUCGGUUGUAGAUACUGCCAGUAACGAAACUAGACGAGCGGAUUAUAGCUCGUUAAGGAGCACAGUUAAACGAAAAAUUUUAACUGAUCCACAAAAAGAAUUACAAAGUAUCAUAAUGCAUUUGGAAGAAGAAAAUCGACAAUUGCAAAUUGAGUUGUUAGAUAUACAGGGUACAAAAGCGGAAAGAUUACAGCGUCAUAGAGCGACUAUCGAAUCUCAAUUGCAGCGAUUGAAAUUACUUAAGAAAUAUUUAUUCACCGAUACGGCCCAAGUGCCACAGAUUAUUACUCGUAUGCAAAGUACCCCGAUGCUGCCACCCUUAGCAUCCAGAUUAACGGCUUUGCCUCUAGAAUUCGAAUUGAGCCCGAUUAUCAGACAAGACAACACAAAUCAGUCAGGAACCAAAUUACAACAUAGAAAUGACACAUUAACAUUGGAUAAUUUUAAUACAUCGUCACCUAUAGAACGUAUAGUGGAGGAGAAUAAUGCUAAUGUUCUUCCUUGCAUCGAAGAGGCUUCUACGAGUACUGGAUUCGCUAAUAUAUCAGAAAAUCGUAUAGAAUUAAGUACUUGGAUUGGAGGAACAAGAAGGAGAGAAUUGAAUGCAACCGAAACCAGUGGUUUCUCUCAGUGGUUAGUCGCUGGCAACUCAUCAAAUUGCAAAGAGGAUAAUUAUGCAACCAAUACGGCAAUUAGUACUACAGAUAACGAUACAUCACUGAUAGCUUCUCAAUCUCCGAGUGGCACUCAUAGAGACAACACGCCGUCUUCCCUGCAGCGUCCUGACAAACAUUCGCAACAUAGUAGUUUGCAAAAUAUUCAAGGAGAUCUUAAUGAUAUAUUAGAUAGAUUGCAAAAUAUGGUUGCCAAUGACUGCUUUGACGAAUCAUACGACGGCAAUGACAAUUGUAAAUUGAAACGUGCCACCACAGAGAUGGAAGAUCUAUUGACUGGCCUCAUUGAAGGUAUGGAAUCUCGUAAAAGUAAACUUACUACUAUCGUUUGAGAAGAGACAUCUUGAACAUAAACCUAAGUAUCAUACGUUUACAAAUUUUUGUAUCGCACCGACUGACUUUCUUUUCUU